UGUAAAAUGGCUCAUAACGGAAUGCGGCAGUAAAGAGCGAACGUCCGCGGAUUAUCUAAGCCGCGUAGGAUAUGCUCACAGUCCCAGCACAAUUUACAAUAUGGCGGAACGGAGGAAAAACAGGAAACGCAAAGAUGAGGGAAUAAAUCCAGAUGGUGAUCCUGCUCCAGAUAAACCUUCUAAGGAAGAGUACUCGGUAGCGAAAUGGAUCCGCAACAAUGUCCCCUCUAAAAAGACUAAAUUUGCCAAUCAUAAUGUCGAGUACUUCACCGGGACACGGGCGGUGGAUGCUUUACUGGAAAAUUCUCCAUGGAGCAAUACUUUGUUUGAGAAUCGCAAACACGUCAUUGACUUCCUUGAUGUGAUGUUAAGGCACAAGUUUUUCCAUAGAGCAAAAAAGGUCGUUCUUUCAAAAGAGGAAUUAAUUAAAAUACGGGCUGGUAAAAAGAAAGGAAAAGAGGUUAAGGAAGAAAAGAAAUCCUUAGAGAAGGAGAAGGAGAAGGAAGAAAAGAAAUCCGUAGAGAAGGAGAAGGAAAAGGAAGAAAAGAAGUCAUCGGAAAAAGAGAAGGAAGAGAAGAAGCCUUUGGAGAAAGAAAAGGAUGCAGAGGACAAGGAAGUCAAGGAAGUUAAGGAAGUUAAGGAAGGUAAAGAUGGUAAAGACGGCAAAGAUGGUAAAGAUUGCAAAGACGGCAAGGACAGUGACAUAAAAGAAGGGGAGGAGAAGCAGGAUGAUCGCAAGGAACUCAAACAAAAACCGAAAAUACGACUGGAGAUGCAUUUGGAACAAUAUUUUGCUGAUUCUAAUGAUGCCUACGUUUGGAUUUAUGAACCGAUACCGGCAUACUACUGGUUUUUCGGUACUUUAGUGGUUCUCGGAUCAAUUGGUGUCUGUCUCUUCCCACUAUGGCCACCUUCCAUUCGUCAAGGGGUAUAUUAUCUAAGCGUAGCAGCUGCAGGCUUCCUGGUUUUCAUUUUAGCACUAGCUGUGAUAAGAGUGAUCGUCUUCUGUCUACUCUGGGUCUUGACAUUUGGCAGACAUCAUCUUUGGCUUUUGCCAAACCUAGCAGAAGAUGUAGGGGUCUUUGCAUCUUUCUGGCCAUUGUACCAGUAUGAAUACUAUGGGUCGUCAUCAUCUGGUGAGAAAAAAUCAAGCAAGAAGAAAAAACGCAAGAAAGACAAAGAUUCCGAUACAGAAGACACAACUCCAGCACAAUCGGAAGAAGUUGCUCCGUUGCUACCAUCACCUAAAGUGGAAGAAAUCGAGAGGGUGGACACCUCCGGUGAUGAGAAAUCGAGAAAUCCUUCCUCGGAAUCGGUCGCGGGCGAAGAGGGCAGUGAGGAAGGCUCCGAAAGUGAAAAGUCCAACACUGGCCGAGAUUUCGUGAUGGUUUAACGCGUGUAAUAUAGGAACGGUCAACUCAUCGACAGCAAAACGACUCAGUUCAACAACAAAAGUCGUUCCGUUCGGUCGAGUAUUCGCACCAGCUGCGUUUUAUGGGGAAAAGUAGGAUGAUUCUAGAUCGUUUUAUCAAAUUCCAAGUCUCAAUAGGCGUCAAGAACCGAAGAGAUUAUCGCAGGGAUACGGACUGAUGGGGACCGGGUUUAUAAUUUUACUAAAAGGAAGACUAUAGCGAUAACUAGAACGAUUAAACGAGGCUUAGGAAACACUUCACUUACUCCUCUGCAUUUAACGAUAUCCGUAUGACUUCGUACAGGAUGUGCUCUAAGAUCUUCCUGAGUAUUGAAGACCCACGCAUUGUUUGGUUUCUUUCCGUUGCUAGAAAAGUGUGGAGGAAAUGACGAUGCUAGGAAAAUUUUCGAAUGCUCCUUUGUUUCUCAUCAAUACUGAUGGUACGCAUUUGGUUGGAUUCAGAUCUUUCGGCAGUGCCGAGAAAAAUUUGAAAUGUUGCGCGGAAUCACUUCAACAAUGUCAAGUAAACGUUUUAGAUACCCGCUCUUGGGAAUCAAGGUUGAUCGGAGGAAGGUCGCCAAGUUUAUUUAUCUACAAAGACGAACCUAUCGGAACCUAAUAGCGAUUUGCAGUUAUUAAAUCCAGCAACCAGGAAUACAGUUCUUCGGAUACUUAUUUCAAGUAGAUACUCUCGAAGCAAUGUUCUUAACUACAUUUAAUGCAGCGGGAUUUAUAGGUACUUAAUUGUUGUAGGAGAUAUGUUCCAAUGCAAAAUUAAAAGGUUUUACUGUGUUUGUGGUAAUGAUCUGUAAUGCGAUUAAACUAGAGAAACGGGAUCCGAGUUAACUCACUCGAGACCGAGGUCACGUCGCAAGAGUACCCCCAGGAGCUGGAACUUCUUUUCGGCACGCAUUGCAGCCUCGUUAAAUACGCACCUGAUGCGUCAUUGACUGUUCGGAUAGAUAUUUAAUGACAUUGAAUGACGCAGCUACGAAUGGGUUAAGUGCAUCUCGAUCGUUGUAACUUUUAAGCGUAGAAUACAAGUAGGUUUUUCAGGUCGUCAACUCGGAAAUAAGUAAUUUAUAUAUAUAUAUGUACUUCGAUGGUUUCCUCGUUAAUUAGGUAUUGUUUCGUUACCUUGGUGUUUCACUCGGCUCUCUGAAUAUAAUGGGACACCCAGAAGUGACGCCUCCUCGCUCCAUCCCGAGUUGCGAUUGGUACGAAUCUUCCUGACACGGAUGGAUACAUUUUUUUAAUACAAUAAAUAAUUUUACAACGACAGUUGGAUGAUUUCUACGAUGCUUACGGAAGGAUUGCAUAAAUUAAUCAUUGUAUCGAGUUGGAACGGCAGUUAAAAACUUUUGUUCAUCAUUUAAUUAUUUAUUGAAUACAAAUGUCCCUAUCUCUGUUCCCCGGACUGGAAUGCGUCUUCGUACUUAAGCUGGUGCGCCACGCGUCUACACGUGACAGGUCUCUCACAACUCUAAUAUUUUUUAUGCGAGAACCCCAAUGACAUCAUUAUUACUGUCCUAGGCACCGUGAGAUUGUCGGUCAAAGGUAACUUGAAAUAAAGGAAUCUGAGAGACUA